AUGCAGCAUCCACAUGCUACGUUGACGUUUCCCUCGGCAACAUCACCGCAAACCGGGGCGCUUCUUCUCAGGUGCGGUACUGGGAACCUGUCCAUUUCCGAGACUCGAUUCCCCGUCCCGUUCGCUUUUCGUACCCGCGGUUGCCAAUCGGCCGCCCUGUUUGGGAUCCUCCUUGACCUAGAUAUGGAUGUGCACGGCACGUCUGACCCUGGGACCUCCAAUGCCACUGCAUUUGCAUGCACCGCUACUUACACGUCUGCUGAGGCCGAGCUCUUCAUCAGCGUCAACGGCUCUAUAGCUGAAGUCAAGGUCCACCCUUCCACUGAGCGCAGUCUGACAAGCACGGACUUUGCCCAUGAAGAGUUUCAGCACCUUCUCUUUUCGGAAUUUCACUCGAAACCCCUUGCAAAGCUUGGGACCCGAAUGCCAUAG